AUGCGCGCGGGACCAACGCGAGAGAGGCGCCUCGGAGCGCGCCCCGACGGCUUCGAGGGCUUCGAAUGGACGCUGCCGGACCGCCACACGCUCCGAGCCGCCUCGGCGGCCGCCAGCGGCGCCAUCAGCGGCGGCGGCAGCAACAGCGGGGGGAGCGUGGGCGGAAUCUUCUCCUCCCGCGGCGGAGGCCAGUCUGGGGGAGGCCCCGUGGGGCGCAAGGGCAGCGCAGGUAGCGGCGGCAUCGGCGGCGGAUCGUCGUCUCCUCGGUGCUCGAUCUGCUCGUUACUAUGCUGCACGUGCAUGCUGGUCGCAUCGGCCGUUAUUCUCCUCACGCUGCUGCUUGCAUACGCGCACCCGCGCCUGCCGUCGAACUUGCGCCUGCACCAGCAGCCCCGCGCCGUCCACCGCCACGCGCGGCAGGCGCAGCUCUUGCGCGGAGCAUCGGUUGGCGCAGGGGGCAUUGCGUCGCGGCUGCGCUCCGCGGUUGUGGGCGUGGAUUUAUCUCCGGACGAGAGCGUGUGGGCGUCGGGGGGCGGAAUUAUCGGGGAGUUGGGGAGCGCGCGCAAGGAGCGGGCGCAGCGGCGGAACCAGAUCCAGGGGGGAAAGAUGGGGAAGGUCGCGGCAAUGGGGAAGCAGCAGCGGCGGGCGGGGUUGGAUGACGGUUACGAUGGGUUUGCUAAGCGGACAUUCGAUCGGACGGGCGGAAAACGCGGUGGUUGGCAACAGCGCGGGGAGGGAGUCCGCGCGGAUGCGGAGGGAGUGGCGGAGGAGGCGGAAGAGGCGGAAGAGCUAGAUGAGGUGGAAAAGGGAAUGCAUUUGGGGGAGCACCGCGGAGGUGGGGGUACUCGGGGGGGCGCAUCUGCGCGGGCAUCAGGGGGGGAGUGGAAGCGGGGAAGCGGAAGCGGAAGGGCCGCUGGUGGUAAGACAGCGAGAGGCGGGACUGACGAUGAUGAUAAUGAGGAGGAGGAGGAGAAGGAGGAGGAUGAGGGAAAUAAGGAGAGGCGUGGAGGGGGGGGAGUGGUUGCGAUUGAGGCGGAAGCCGCGGAAGGAGAUGCGGGGGAGGCGCAUGCGGGGGGAGAGGGGGGAAGAGAGGAAGGUGACAUUAACGAGGAUGAUGCUGUCAGUGUUGCCGGGCGUGAUAGUAACGAGGUCAGCAGCGCCAGUGGUGGUGCGGGUGUACGGAAGGGGAGGGGAUAUAAUAGCGAGGGGGGGAGGCGGAGGGGGAAGGGGAAGGGGAAGGGGAAGGGGAGAAGAGGCAGGCGCAGCGUGGGGAGGGGGGAAGAUGACGUGGACAUUCGGCGGAAGGUAAGCAGGCGGUAUGUGGAUGAUGGGGGGGAGGGGGAUGAGGAGGGGGAAGAGGCGGAGGAGGAGGAAGCGGAGGAGGGGGAGGUUCGUGGGGGGAAGCGCGGUAAGGCCCGCGCUAUGGUGCAUGGGGAGGGGGAAGAUGAAGAGGAGGAGGAGGGGGAUGUGGGGGGAAGGAAAACGCGGAGGGAGGGGAAGAGAGGGCGAGACAAGGAGGGGAAGGGUGCACGGAUCAGUGCAAGGAGAGGAGCAGAGGAGGAGGAGGAAGAGAAAGAACGUUCUGACUCAGAUACUGACGUGGACGGUCUGGAUGCGAUCUUGAAGGUGCUGGAGGAGAAGGCGAGGAAGCGCAAGGCGAGGGGGAAAGGGGGGCGUGGAGGGGAGGUGGGGAAGAGUGAGCGCCAGGCGCGGAGGGGGAAGGGAUCCGUCCGACGGGCGAGUGAGAUAGAGGGGGAAGAGGCGGAGGAAGAGGAGAAGGAGAAGGGGAAGGUGAAGGGGAAGGGGAGGAGGAAGGGGAAGGGAGAAGAGGGGGAGGACGAGGAGGAGGAGGAGGAUGAGGGGGAGGGAGAGAGUGAAGGUGGAGAUGGGGAUGAGAGGAUGCAGCACGGUACUGGGGACAUAGAGCAAGGAAAGGGGAGCAAGGCACGGAGAGGAGGGCGUGGGGCAGGUGGGGGAGGGAAGGGCACAGAGGCAGAGGCAGUUGAGAGGGCAGAUGAUGAGGACCAGGCUUUUGGGAAAACGACCGGAGCAAGAUCGGUGGACGGGCGAGGCGCAGAGGCAGGGCUUGCGGGGGAGCAGGUGAAGGGGCGCCGGCAGGGGCAGGGGCAGCGGGAGCAGGUUGAGGGGGAAGGGGCGGUGGGGGAAAAGGGGAAGCACGAGCUGGAUUCGCUGCUGGAGGGCAUGGGGAUGGCAGGCGGGGAGGAGGGUGGUACAGCGGUGCUGCAUGCUUCCGGUGACAGCAGCAGCAGCAGCAGCGGUGGCCUUGACUCACAAGGGAAUGAUCACGGGCGAGAAGAGGGUGGAGGCAGAGAGGGGGCGGGGGACGGGGGGGGUGAGAGAGUGGGGGACAGCAGGCAGCAGGUGAGUGGGGAUGAGGAGGGAGGUGGAGGGGGUGUAGGGGAAGCGGGAGCAGGGGAAGGGGCGGAUAGGGAGGCGCAGGAAAUGGGGGGUGGGAAGAGUGUGGGUCGCUUGGGAGAGGGUGGUGGAAACUGGGGGGCAGCAGUGGACGGGGGAUCGGGAGAGGGUAGAAGAGGCGAGGGCGCAGCAGGGUAUGGGGCAGAAGGGGAGGGGCGAACAGGCUUUGGGGAAAGAAUGGAAGGAGAGAGAGGUGGGGAAGGAGGAGACAGCAGAGGGGAGGAUCGAUCGAGGUUAGCCAGAGGAGGUGGGGAAGGAAUGCAAGACGGGAUAGGGAGUGCAGAUGCAGUGGUUUCUGCAGGUAGGACCGAACAGGUUGACGAGGGGAUUAGAGAAAGGGCAGGAGGAACUGGGGGAGCAGGGGGAACAGUGGGGACAGAGAGAACAGAGGGGACAGAGAGAACAGGGAUGGGCAGAGCAAACAGUGCUGCUGGUGAGGGAAGUGGGGGGGAUGAGACAGAGCGGCCGCAGGAGGAGGAGCUGAGGGGAAGUGACAGGGAGCGGGCCUAUGCGAUGGGUCUAUCUUCAAGCAGGGUGGAGCAGAGGGAUAGCAGGGAGAGCGGAAGGGAGGAGGGUCACAUGCAGGAGGGCUUUGAGGGCCGGGGGGCUGGAAGCAGGGGAGAAGACGAGGGGUUGGGGAGAGGUGGGGGAGGGGGAGGGAGUGGCAGUGUAAGGGAGACUGAGAACCCUGCACAAUCGUUCUACGAGCAGCAGAUGCAGAGGGAGCAGGAGGAUGCAGGUCACAGGAUGGGGUACAAUGGCGAGAGGGAAGCAGAGGGGCGCGAGACAGAUGGCACUGCAGCAAGCAGGGAGGUGGAACAGACGGGAGGGGCAGAGGUUGGUACGGAACAGAGAGGGGUGGGAGCAGGGGUUAGCGGGGGGCAUCGUGAGGAGGAGGAGGACGAGGGGGAUGAGGGGCUAGGGGUGGUCGUGCAGGCUGGGGUGGAUAGGCAGGGGCAGGGGCAGGGGGGCGUGCAGCGGGCACUGCUGGUGGUACGUUCAGAGGGAGGUGAAAACGAUGGGUCAGCAGCAGGCGCACUACAUCAUCAUCAACAACAGUAA